AUGGAGGGUGUUAAAAAAGACCUGAAAGAAAUAGCUUUGACGAUGAUGGAUUACGAACUUGACGACCUUGAAGCCACACUUAAAGGCCUUCAGUAUAACAAGAGUGAAGUGGAGCAAGCGAUUGACAAUUAUUCCGAAUGGAUAUCACAAAACAUAGAAAAAGAGAUGGAAGAAGUGUAUAACAAACACUUCGAAGAGAAAGUUGAAAUCCCCACGCUUCCUUCUCAAGAUGUGGAUCCAAUCAUACAAGAAAUAAAAACCACAUUAUCUUCUCAAAUAAGUAACAAAGAACCAACACCUUCCACCAUCACAUCAAAGAUAAGCGACCUCUUUGUGGAAGACUUGACUGAAGCAGAAUCAUUAUUUAAAGAACUCAAAGACCAUCUUGUUGAUUGA